AGAGCGAGCCAGCUGUCGUUCUCUCAGCGCUGGCUCUUUUCUCCCUCUCCCUGCCUCCCUUGUUCUCUACUACUGGCCUCAUCACCACAUGGGACUCCAGACCUGGCCACCAAGCAAACCAUCACUUUCCCCUAUGGCAUGCCUUGACGUGGAGACCCCUUCCAUCUGCAGGGGUAAAUUCAAAUCAGUCCUGCAGCUCUGUCUGCAGCAGCGCAGAACUCGAGAGCAACUUGUGGAGCAAGGUAUUAUGCCGCCCCUAAAAACACCUGCUGCCUUUCAUGAGCAGAUUCGCAGCCUGGAGAGAGCCAAAACUGGGAACUUCUUGAAGCACAAACUCUGCAGCCGACCUAGGCGUUCUGAACUGGUCCGUAUGCACAUACUACAAGAGACUCAGGCAGAGCCCUCCCUGCAGGCCACACAGAUGAAACUGAAGCGGGCCAGACUGGCUGAUGAUCUCAAUGAGAAGAUCGCCCAGAGGCCUGGACCCAUGGAACUGGUGGAGAAGAACAUCCUGCCUGUGGAAACUGAUGUUGAGGAGGUUAACAAUGGUGGUAGCAAGGCAGAUCACUCCAAGACACCUGACACCUCAGACGUGUACAGCUUUGAGGACAGCAGCGAUGCGUUAUCACCACAACUUCCUGCAAGCCAACACUCUCCCAGCUCCACCUCAGCUUCACCGCGGGAGUCUGAAGGGACUGAGACUGCUCUUACCUUGUCCAAUUUUAAAACUCACAUGCAGCGCUCCCCACCACCCAGCUCGCAGCCUGCAUCUGAUUUAAACAGCCCUGUACCCACCAGUGAGCAACAGAGCAACCUACAAGCAGCUCAGCCUCAACCUGCCACUACUGUUGUCCCCUGUGUUACACCAGGGUCAGUUCUAGUGAAGCAAAGCUUGGCUAAGCCUCCUGCCGAAAAAAGCCGCGGCAAAAAGAGCAAAGAGCUCAAGCCACGAGUAAAAAAGUUGAAGUACCAUCAGUAUAUUCCCCCAGAUCAGAAGCAAGAGCUUAAUGAAGUGCCAAUGGACUCUGCUUACGCCCGCCUCCUGCAGCAACAGCAGCAGUUCCUGCAGCUCCAGAUCCUAAGCCAACAGAAGCAGCAACGGCAGCAAUACAACUACCAGGCCUCUAAGCUCAACAGACCAACAACUGAGGUACAAACCAGCUGCUCCAGUGUUGCUUUGAGUGGAAAUGCUGCGUCUGCUCCUUUGCAGCUCCACCACAUGAACCGCAAGCCGGAUCAUUUACCAGCUAAUCUGGACGAGAUGAAGGUUGCGGAGCUGAAAAUGGAACUAAAAUGCAGAUCUUUGCCUGUUUCUGGGACCAAGACAGAGCUGAUAGAGAGGCUAAGGAUGUAUCAGGAGAACUCUAACAUCCAGAAUGUUGCUCCCAUCGAGGCAGCAGUCUCACAAUCAGAAAAUCCAAAGUUAACGCCGCCCGUGUCCCCUAUUGCUUCCAAAGUGUCCAAACUGGGCAUAGAAGAUAGUUGUAUGGCCGACAGUCCGACAAAACUGCUUUCAGAUACUCCAACCCAUUCUGCUCCCUGCAUGAGCUCCCCACAGAGAGCACCACAUGAGGAGUGUCCCACUGAGUCCCACGAGCAGGACUCUGAAAAGGACAAACGUCUACAUGAAAAGGAGCGUCAGAUUGAGGAACUAAUGAGGAAGCUGGAGCAGGAGCAGAGGCUGGUGGAGGAACUGAAGAUGCAACUGGAGGUAGAGAAAAGGAGUCAGCAGGGAGACUCGCCAUCUCAACUAAGUCCUCUGCUUCCCAUAAAGGUCAAAGAGGAACGCAGGACUCCAUCAAACUGCACAGUGUCCUGCAGUUCUCCUGGCCUGCCAGUGUUGGUCAAACAGGAGGAGUGUACAAAUCAGAGCCACAUAACCAGUCCAAAUCAAUUCAUCCUCGGUCACCAGACCAUCAAACAGCCUGAAUCCCGUCAGCCUUUGCAGGUCGGAGCUCAGAUCCUCCUGCCCGCAUCCCUUCCUGCCUCAGCAGCCACUAUCCAGCUCCCUACCAAAGGCAUCACAUUACACACAGGCCUCAUCCAGGCCUCUGGACAGGUGCCACUGAAAACAGAGGCCUCAGCAGCAAUACAUCAGCAAUGCGGCACUCAAACCCAGCCACUGGCAAGGACAUGGAGGAUUGAUACCACAACACAAAACUUACUCAAUACAUUCCCAGUGAGUGGAUGCACUGCAGGAGCUUCCUCAGGCCAGCCUGUUUCCAAAGGACCAACAAAUAAGGUGGAGCCUCCCUGUUCCAGCCAGUCCCCAAAAAGUUCGAUCUUGCGGCAGCAAAAAUUCACAAACCAUGUGUCAAAGUGCAAAGACCCACCCCGCUAUGAGGAUGCAGUUAAACAAACACGAAGCAUGUUAACAGCUGCUCAGGGUCCCACUCCAGCUAGCCAGCAGAUGGAUGACCUGUUUGACGUGUUGCUCGAGAGUGGUGAGAUCUCCCCCUACAUUACACAGGAUCCUCCCAGCUUGGAUAAGCCUCUUGUGGUGACAGCUAGUGUUACCACCCUUCCCAUCAACACAGCUUUAUCCCGCCCUCCACCCUUAGUCCAGGUAGCCAAGCCUCCUGCCUGCAUGACCUCUGACUGCCAGCUGGAUACCCUCCUGGAAGGCACACUCCUCCCUGACACUCAACCACAAAAACUGAAGCUAAUGGAGGAGCUGCAUUCACCUGGGGAUACCAUGGAAGUGGAUUUUAAUGACAGCAACCCCCCAUCUGCUCUGAACAUGGACAACAUGGAUUGGCUUGAUCUCACUCUCUCUGUGCCAACAGAGGAGGGUCAACCUUUGGAUGUGUCAGUGCCAGUAAGCGUCUUCUCAUCUGACUUCCUGGACUCUAAUGAACUGCACUUGAACUGGGACUGAGUGCUGUCAACAUGGAUUCUUUUUUUUUUUUUUUUACACUGUGAGAGAAGACUGCUUUUGUUUCCAUGAGACAAUAAGAGCUGUUUGGACGCUUUAGCAGCUCUGUUCUGCUUUUCAGACGAUAAAUCAGCUCUGUAAUAAUCUAAUCAUGCAGCAUCACUUCAGAAGUUGGUGAAUUGCUUCCUUUGAGGUCUCGAAAUCCUCCGGUUGCAUUGGGAGACCGAUAAAAUUAGAGUGAUACUGGCAGUUUGAGCUUAAAGUGGAAGUAGCUUUUAAGAUUUCCAUCUCAAGUCCAGCCGCUGAUUUGUUAUCAGUCUGUUCUCAUGUUACUGAUUCCUCUUAGUCCUCCGAUCUCAGUGAAUGCAGAGCUUUGCAGUCAGACUGGUGUGAGCAGAACAAGCAGGUAAAUGUCCCAAAUCCUGGCUACAGCGCUAAAGGGCAAGCAGCAACCGUAGCUGCGGGCCGUUGUAUAGUUUACUCCACCCUGUCUUGGAAUGAUUAUCACUAUCAAAACAGAUUGCCAGCACACAACCGCUGCACAGUCCUUGUGUGUAUGUGAACUGUGAAGUAUAACUCAGAUGUUUAAUUUGAACUGGGAGUGUGAAUAUGAUUAAAUUAGAAAAGCUGCUCUAACUAAACCAGGCUGAGUAUUUAUUACCAAAAACAUAAAAUAAAACAAAACAAGUUUUCCUUUCUUUCCACUUUUGCACUUUGCAAAUCAGAUCAAAGAGUGAAGACAAAUCUGUUAAUUAUCUCACUGUACAUCUGUACACCAUUUCCAAAAACACACAAGACAAAUGUGAACUUUAAAAAAGGGAGAGAGAUGGAGGAAGAGAGAGAGAUGGUGAUGGGCAAUGGACUGAUUCCUCAAGGCUGAAGAUGUUUAAUUUUUUAUUUUGGUCAUUUGUUAAGUACACAGCAUGCAAACACUACCAAAAAAAUAAAUAUAACAGUAGUAUGAUCCAGUCCAUCAAUACUCAAAUAACCAUCAGCAUUAAAAGUCAGGUUGUACUUCAGUGACAUCUGCUGGCCACAUCUGAUUUGAGUCCGCUUCAUACAAACAAAGGGAAGAUGUUCUGUAUUUUGGUUUCUGUUGCUAAGGCUGAUAGAAACUAUUAUAUCCUGGCAGUGCAACAUGUGUAAUGAUGUUUAAUUUUGUUAAAUUAUUAAGGAUUCACGGUCUCCUUCUGAAAUGCUGCAGAGUUGUUAUGAAAACUGCUUAAAUUAUGUUUCUUUUUUUUUUUUCCUCUUUUUCCUUUCUCCUCCUUAGUGCCUCAUUUGACUAUCCAAGUGUCUUCCCUUUAAAAGGGGUUAUGUGCUGGAAAGACAACUGUUUAGUCUUUACUACACUAGUAUAACUCAACAUAGAAAAUGUUACAUUUGUACGUUUUACACAUAAUGUAUUUAUGUUGGCUUUUUAUACAAAUAUUAACAGUUGUUUUUGUAAAUACAGAGAUUCUUUGGGAUUUUAGAAUCUGGCUAUGAGCUUUAGCAAUUUUACUGCUUGUCAUUAAACAUUUAC